GUUCUCUCUAUUCUUCCCUUCUCUCUCUCUCACUUGUUGGGUGGGAAAGUAGAAGAAACAAAGCAAAAAAUGGUUAGGAAAAUAUGUGAAAUGUGGAGAGAAAUGAAGGCUAUAACGGCAAUGGUGGUGGUUCAAAUAGCAACAGCAGUGUUGAAUAUUUUGUUCAAGCUUGCGGUGGUAGAUGGUAUGGAGCCAAGAGUUCUCGUGGCUUAUCGUCUCUUCUUCGCUACACUUUUCAUGCUUCCCCUUUCUUUUAUCUUUCAAAGGUUGGAGAAGAGGCCAGAGUUUACAUGGAAUCUUCUCUUACUAGCACUUCUCUCGGGGCUACUGGGUGCGGUGUUACCGAGUAUCUUCACCAUUACGGGUCUGGCUCUAACGUCAGCAACAUUCGCUUCUGCUGCUGCCGUUCUCACUCCCUUGAUCACUUUCGUAUUGGCUGCAUCUCUUAGGAUGGAGAGUGUAAGGUUUGGAACAAGAGAAGGGAAGGCUAAAGUUUUUGGGACACUCUUUGGUGUUGGUGGAGCUCUUAUCUUUAUAUUCUACAGAGGAAAAGAUAUUCAUAUGUGGUCAACGCACAUUGACCUAAUGAACAAAUCACAUGACUUCUCACGUGAUGCUACCUCCCACCAUAUUUCUAUCCUCGGGGCUCUUUUUGUUUUUGGUGGCAACUUGUCCUAUGCAUUUUGGCUAUUAUUGCAGGUAAAAGUAAGCAAACUAUUUGGAGGGGCUUACUGGAACGCGACGCUAAUGAACCUGACGGGAAGCGUUGUGGCUGUUAUUAUUGCUCUUUGCUGGAAUUGCGAUUUGAAGGAAUGGAAAUUAGGAUGGAAUAUCAGGCUCUUUACGAUUGCGUAUGCGUCAAUUGUGAUGUCCGGAAUGGUGAUAGCAGUCAACGCAUGGUGCGUCGAAUCUAGAGGACCCUUAUUUGUAUCGGUAUUUAGCCCUGUAGCACUUGUCGUCGUAGCUCUUGUUGGAUCAUUUAUUCUAAACGAAACACUUCACGUGGGGAGCAUAAUUGGUACAGUGAUUAUCGUGGGAGGCUUAUACCUUGUGCUAUGGGGUAAAAACAAAGAAAUGAAGAGUAUCACUCCGACCUCGGAUUAUAUUGAAACAAAUAAGACUACUAGCAAAGACAUCUCCCUCAAGAAUCUCCCAACAUUAAGUACAAAUGUCCCUUGAAUACGAAUACAAACCAACAAUUGCUUUUUAUAUCUGUUCUAUGCUUCUAGCUAUUAUGGAGUAUUAAUUUCUCUAUGUAUGUUAUAUGUGAUGAAGAUUUCUUUAAUGUUGUAAGUUAUGAUAUGGGAGUACAUCAAAACUAUCUCGGAUUAUAGUUUUGAGACUGAUAUAAAAUUGUAAAAUAUUUAUUGUUUUAAA